AUGCCGCCUUCAGCUUUGUCAUACCCGUCAAUUCAGAGUUUUUUUCAGAAAGAGGUUGGAUUGGAUAUGAGGGGGGAGGAUGGUUUGAGGGGACGGGGAGAGCGGAGAGGGGGCGAUGGUUUUUCUAAAGAUGUGGGGGAGUGUGGGGGGAGUGUGGAGUUUGAGGGGGGUGGUUGGAGGAGGGAUGGGGGUGAUGGGGGUGAUGGGAUCGUGGGACGGGGGAAUGGGAGGGAUGCAGGGAAUGGGGGUAAUGGGGAAGAAAAAUUUGGUGGUGGUGGUGGAGAUGGAGGUGGAGAUGGAUUUACGGAAGAAGAAUUAAUUGAGGCGGUGGACCCUUUGACUAGAAAAUGGAAUCCAAGUAGGGAGUAUGAGAAUCUUGGGGUGGGAGAGCUUGUUCCUGGACCAAAAGCAGUUACUUUCAUCGGAAGAGUAGUUAGUUUUACUACAAUCAUUGGUAAAAGUGCGAAACAACCUAGGGCUAGAGGAUGGCAUUAUACUGGAGUUAGAGGAGAAGGAGGUGUUGUUUCAGUAAAACUCUACUUCGCAAAUCAACCUUACCCCUUAAAACUAGGUCAACUUCUCUCAAUCUGGACAGCCUUCAUAUCUGAUACAUCCAAAUCCGAUGGUGCUCCAACAUCUGGUAUUCUUGUCUGCGCAAAUCUAUUCCCUGGUCGCAAUACUAGUGAUCAUAUUAUGAUCCAUACUCAUUCUGGAGCUUCAGAUGUUUGUCGUAUCCCCCUAGGUUAUAUCAAAGGCGAACCAUUACCCGGACUCAUGACAAUUGAAGCAUAUUUAAAUGGAGGAUAUGAUGGAAUAUUAGAUAUCAAACUCCUAGUUUGUGUAAAGAGUAUCGGAGCAAGAAAAAAGAUCAUUAAAAAAGAUGGAGGAGAAUCAGAUCUUAUUGAAGUUAUCCUCUUCGAUCAUACCGGUGAAACGAAAAUGAAAUGUUGGUCCGAUUUAAUCGAAAGUGUUAAGGAAUGGCAACCGGGAAAAUCAAUCCUUCUUAUUUCAAAUCCGAUGCAUAAGUUGGAUUAUGGUGGAAAAGGAGUAAUUGCUUUUGGAAGAAAUACAAUGGUGGAUGUAGAACCCGAAUUUCCUGAUGCAAUAUGGUUGAAGAAAUGGGCAAUAGGAUUAUUGAGGAAAGAAAGUAUAGGAAUUACUUUUCCUAGUGAGGUAUGGGGAGAAGAAGAAGUAGAAAAAGCGAUUUAUGGAUCUGGGAGUGCACUUUUUAGUUUAAAGGAUAUAGAUGAAAGAGUUAGAAGUGGUGAUGGAGAAGGAUUUACUGGCUGGAUUAAUGUGGUUAUAUUGGAAAUGGCUCUGGUUAAAUGUUGGAGAAGAAAUAUGUUAUUGUGUACAGAGUGCUGCGGUAUCCCAAUUUACUCCAAUACCCCUGUGACACCCUGUCCACAUUGCAAGAAAUCCCUAACACUAAAACUUAAUUCUAAAAUCAUCACGACGCUACUCGAUGAAUCGGGUUGUGUUAAUGCGGGAAAAUUGGUUUGGAGUGAGAAAGCGUGGAGAGAGUUGUUGGGGAGGAAUAUAGAGGGACUUUGUGAGAUGCGGCUUGAGGAGGUUAGGUUGUUGGAGUGGAGGAUGGGGGGGGUUGAGGGUUAG